AUGAACUUUGAAAGACAACUCUAUGAAACAUAUUAAAUAGAUCCUGAUCAAUUACACAAAAAUAUGAAUCAAGAUAAUCUCAUACUAUUAUGUUAAUUGGCAGAUUAAAGUGAUAAUGAAAUUACAUUACAAAUUGUAGGAAGCUUAGUAUCCACUUUUAUAGAUUAAAACCAUCAAAAUACACCAGAAUUUGGUAAGAUAUUUGAAUUUGCAUGGAAUAGAAUAAAAAGAUUUACAACUCAUUCACGUCCAGUCUAUCAUUUUUUUGCAUCCAUUAUUGCCAAUAUAGUAUUACACUUUUAUGAUUAAAUACCUGUUUAAUAUUUUAAAGAAUAAGCCUAAGUAAUGAAUAAAUAAGUAUAUCUAAUUAUCAUUGAUACAGUAUUAAGAAGAUUAUAACCAUAAGAUCGAAUUGGAGAAUUUAAGAUACUUGAUUCAAAAUAAAAAAUAGUUAGACAAUAAUUCUUUAAACAUAAUCUUGAUGCUCUUCUUGAAAUUAUUACUACAAGUUUAAUUGGAAAUAAUAGCAAUCCUGAUUUAUAAUUAUUAGAUAGUGCAAUUGAUCUAUUAAAUUUAUUAUUAUCUUCAGAAAUAAGAGAUGAUUUUAAAGAAAAGGAUUGGCAUAAAAUUAAAAGAGCAGAAGUAAAAAAUAAAAGAAAUUUAUAAACUAUAAUGAAAGAAAUUAAAUUCUAAAUAUUAGAUUAAAAUGAACUUGAAAAAAUGAUACAAAAUUAACAUUUAGAUCAUAUGGAUCCAAUCACUAAUCAUAUUAAAAUGGUUUGGUCUAUUGUUAAAUAUUAAUAAUUUAUUGCUAAACUAACUGAAUUAUUACCAUUAAACAUUAAAAUAUGGGAAUCUCUUGGUAAAAUAUGUAAAAUUUAUUAAAAAUACUAUUCCAAUGAUAAAUAAAGUAUAGAUAUUAUCUAUUAAAUCACUUCUAAUAUUAUGGUAUCAGACAUAUCUAAAAUUAAUUCUAUUAGUUUACUUAAUUUUGCAGGUAAGACUAUAUUUGCUAAUCAUACUCCAUAAUGGAUUGAACUUAAUUUAAAUUUAAUCAAAACUUUAAAUACUAUAGAAGCUGUUUAAGUAGGACUUAAAUUUUUAAGAAAUCUUGUUAGAUUUUAAAGAUAAUAUGACUAUAGUUAAUUACAUUCAUUUGUUAUGCCUAUUAUUGCAAGCUUUUUUAAUUCUUGGAUUAUUCAAAAUAAUUAAUGGAUUAAUGAUAAAUUCUUAAGAAACAAUAUCAAACAUAUUUUGAAAGAAAUUAGUUGUUUUAUGAUUGAAUAAUAUUUAGAGUUUUUUGCUUAAAUGAUUUAAUUAAAUUAAGAUCAGAAUAUUUAAGAAUUGGCAUUCAAGUAUUAUGCAAUGGGAUUGUUUGCAUCAAUUAAAUGUACAACAUAUCAAUUAGAUGUUAUUAAUAAAUUAUAAUUUUACAAGAUGGAAUAAUUUCUAUAUCCAAUAAACUUAGAUUUAUUUAAACAAUUUCAUUAUUAAGAACUUUAUAGUAAAGCAUUUGAUUUUGCAUUCUUAUACUUAAAAAAAUAAUCACCUUUUACAGAUAGAUUUUUAUAUAAGAUUUGGAAAGUACUAUUUGAUCAAUAAGCUCUUAUUAAAUUUGAAGAUAUUAUAUAGAAAAUGUAAAUUGAUAGAAAAACUAUCUUUAAUUUUAGUAGAAUAUUUUUAUUUAAUGAUUAAGAAUUGAUUUUAAAAUCUUUAAAGAUUUUCAUCAAUGCAAAAAUUAAAAUGGAAGAUGUAUUUUAUUAAAUAAAUUAAAUUAACAUACCUAAAGAAUGUUUUUCUGAUUUUCAUGAAUUUCGUAUAAUUCCUAAUUAAAAGAUUAUUACCUUUUAUCAUAAAGUCAAAAUGUAUUUGUUAAAUGUUGAAAAUGAAUCCAUUAAAGAUUAAUUAACAUCUGAUUAACUAAUAUAGAAAUUAAAAAAUGAUGUUUUAUAAUUUUUAGAUUAAAUUUAAAACACUGGAGAUAUAGUUUUUAUCUUAUAGAGUAUGUUAAAUGAAAAUGUAAGGAGUCUUUAUGGUGUCAUUAUGUAGAUUGUUGAUGAUAAAGCCUAUUUGAAUUUAUUUGCAUAAUCAAUUAAUUUUGAUAUGCUCAAAUUAACUAGAAUGAUGAUAAAUACUACUGGAUAAAUUGGUUAAUUGAAAUAAGUUAUGAUAGAUCAACUUUAUGAAUGGAUUUUACUUGUAAUUUAAAAAGUAUAAUUUCAUUUAGAUUCUAUAAAUAAAGAAUUCAAUUAAGAAAGACAAUUAGGACAAAAAAGUAUCUAAAAUAUUUAUAAGCUCUAUUAUAAACCUUUACUAUAAUUAUUGAAGAUAUUCUAAAAUUUGAAAUACUUAAAUCGAUUAACAACAAGUAAAAAACAAGUUAGAAUUUAGAUAUAUUAAUCAAUAUUACUAAUAUUCAAAUAUAUCAAUCUAAAUGAUUUAAGUAAUUACAUUCACAAAAUGUCUUAAUUAUUUUAUGUUAUCUAAUGGAUAUUAGAAUUUGAAAUUACUAGAUAAAUGAUAACUGAUGAAAUAUUUGGAGUUAUAUUAGAUGUAAUUCUAUAUCACAUUUUAUUUAGUUUAUUAAUUGUGCCCUAUUAAUACAAGAGAAAAGAUCCUUGAUGACCUGCUUAAAGAUUAUAUCAGAUAUCUAAACCUAUGAUUAAUUCAGUCAUUCUUAAUAUGUAAAAUAUUAUCAUUUUUACUCUUUAGAUUUAAUAGAGAUUAAUUGCAGAAAAUUGUUUAUUUGGUGCCUUUCUUUAUAAUAUAAGAAUUUCAGAUAUAUCAGUCUUAAUUUUAAGGUACUUCUAAAGAAUGCCUAAUGAUUUUAAUAUUCUAUUCUCUAAAAUCAAAUAAAGAAUGCAACCAUAUAAAAGUUAAGAAUGGGAUUAAAUUAUAAAUAUCAAGUUAGAUAAGCUUUACUCCAUAAUUCCAAAAUAAUAAUAACUUGUUAAACCUGCAGCUUAAAACAAAUAAAUAGAAAAAACAUUCACAGAUUAUUUUUAUUAAGUAUAAUUAUUUUAUAAUUAUUAUCCAUGA